GCUUCGGAGAAGGGCAGAGGCGCGUUCCCGCUGGCGCCAGGUGGGGAGCGCCGCGCGCGGUUGGAGUUUCGCGCAGGUGAAAGGGCGGGAGCGCGCUCAGGUGCACCGAAGCUGGUAGUGCGCUAGGACGCGCGUGCAGGAUCCAGAGGGGUUACGCGGGGACGCGCGCUGGGUGCACGGCGCGCCAGUGAGCGCUGGCCGGGGCCCCGCGGGGGCGGCACCGGGGGGAUGUGGCCGCCGCUCCCGGGGGACGGACUCUUAAAGGCGGAGCCGGGAGCCUGGCAAGGGCAGCAGCAGCGAAGGACCCGGCGGGGCUGCCCAGUGGCUGGGAGCAGCAGGAGGGGGGACGCUGCCCGGGGCGCACGGCUGGCACCCAAGGGUCCCUGCACCAGAGGGCGCAGCCAAGCACCCAGGGUACCUGGGGAUGGCGCUGCCAGGAGAGGUCCCCGGGCCCUAGGGGGCGGCGGUGCCAGGGGGGAUCCCGGGGCCCUAGGGGCGGCGCUGCCCGGAGAGGCCCCGGGCUGUCGGGGGUCCCUGGCCCGAUGCGGGAGCCCGGAGCCGCGGGAGGCAGCUAAGCCGUCGGACAGCCCCCGCGAUGCCCCGGCACGGCCCGCUGGCGCUCACCCUGCUCUGCCUGGCCUGCUGCCUGCUGCUGCCGGGCCGGGGCUGCGGGCCGGGCCGGGGCCCGCCGGGGCGCCGGCGACAGGCCCGGAGGCACCUGGUGCCGCUGCAUUACAAGCAGUUCGUGCCCAACGCGCCCGAGCAGACGCUGGCUGCGAGCGGCCGGGCCGAGGGCCGGCUGGGGCGCCGCGCCGAGCGGUUCCGGGACCUGGUGCCCAACUACAACCCCGACAUCAUCUUCAAGGACGAGGAGAACACGGGGGCCGACCGGCUCAUGACCCAGCGCUGCAAGGACCGUGUGAACGCGCUGGCCAUUGCCGUGAUGAACAUGUGGCCCGGCGUGAAGCUGCGGGUGACGGAAGGCUGGGACGAAGAUGGGCAUCACCUGCCCGACUCGCUGCACUAUGAAGGGCGGGCACUGGACAUUACCACGUCUGACCGGGACAGGGAGAAGUACGGCAUGCUGGCGCGCCUGGCCGUGGAGGCCGGCUUCGACUGGGUCUACUACGAGUCCAAGGCCCACAUCCAUGUGUCGGUGAAAGCAGAUAACUCCCUGGCCAGCCGGGCCGGCGGCUGCUUCCCGGGCCACGCCACGGUGACGCUGCGGAGCGGCCAGCGGAAGGGGCUGUGGGAGCUGCGCCGUGGUGACUGGGUCCUGGCCGUGGACCGGAGCGGCCAGGUGGUCCCCACCGAGGUGCUGCUUUUCCUGGACCGUGACCUGCGCCGGCGUGUGUCCUUCGUGGCCAUCGAGACGGAGAGCCCCGCCCACCGGCUGCUGCUCACGCCCUCCCAUCUGGUGUUCGCUGCCCCGGCCCCGGCCAACGGCACCGCCAGCUUCGUGCCCGUCUUUGCCCGGCGGGUGCGGGCGGGUGACUCGGUGCUGGCCCACCACGCUGGCGGACGCGGGCUGCAGCCAGUCCGGGUGCUGCGGGUGUCGCGGGAGGAGGGCGUGGGGGUGUUCGCCCCACUGACAUCACAUGGGACCCUCCUGGUCAACGGGGUGCUAGCCUCCUGCUACGCCGUCCUGGAGAGCCAUCACUGGGCCCACCGCGCCUUCGCCCCCCUCCGGCUCUUCCACGGCCUCCUCUCACUGCUGCCCCCCAGUGGCGAGGCCAGGAACUGCAGUGCGCCGGAGACGGGCAUGCACUGGUACUCGCGGCUGCUCUACCAGCUGGCGUGGGGGCUGCUGGGCCAGGACUCCCUCCACGCCUAGCGACCGCGUUACAAUCAGUGACGCAGACAACGUUAAUGUAACAAACUGGAAGCAGGAGGCGCUGGAUUGAGAGCAGUUUCCAAGCUUUAUUCCAAGUGCCUUGGGAUCCCUGCAGGCCUGGGGGUCGGGGGAGGGAAUGGGAACCCAGGCCUGAGGGGGGGGAGGGUGAGCCCCAAACCACACCCCGGUCGGGGCACCUCUCCCGAGUCCCUGUAUUUCUUGCUUCACUUAACCAGCAUGACUGGGCCUUGACUUGCUGCUUUCCCUGCCCGAGAUGAAAUCCCGAGGCCGGUUUUGGGGUGGUGCCCACCCGGGCUGACCAAGGGGCAGAAUUGGGCCCGGAGGGUUCGCUAAGAACAGCCCAGGAGCUGGGCUCCCGGCAGCAGGCCCAGCCCAGCACCAGGCCGGGCUCUCCACUGUGCUCCCCAGCUGCCAUUCCACCGAAUGCAGCAGGUUAGACCCGGGCCAUCCCGCCCUCCUGUUACUAAUGCUCCUGCCAGGCCCCAGAUCCUCCCCCUGCAGCCCCUCCCCCCGGCCUGGCAUGACCCCCCCGCCGGGCUCCUCCUGGGGCGCGGCACCCACCUGCCCACCCUCCUCGUGUCUCCCCUAAGCAUUCAUCGAGGGAUUCUGCCCUGGCCCACUCUGCCUGGGAAUGGGCACCCCGUUUGCACCCGCGGGAGGAGGGAGGGGCAGCGCUGGGCCCCGUUAGCGCCCUGCCAAGGAGUUCGUGCAAGGCAGGGGUCCUCGGAACGGAAGGAGGAACAGGGGCAAGGCCCCUGAGCCCAGAUCCCACCGGGGAAGGUGGGGGGCCGUGCACGCAGUCACGCUCCCGCAGGAGGCUCCAAGUCUGCAUCAUCACCCCAAGACCCUCUGUCCAGCUGCGGUUCUCGGCCGCGCGGGAAGCCGGGCUCUGCCGGGCUGUGGGCUGGCUGGGCCUUCCCCGCAUUCCUCCAACGCAGGGCCCAGAGAGAAUGAGCUCCCCGGGGGCUCCAGCCAGGCCCUCUGGUCCAGCUGCCCCACCACUGGGGCAGGAAUAGCUUUGAAGUCAGAGGGGUUCCCUUGUGUGGGGGUUUCUCAUUGGCUUGAAAAGCCAGACCCUGGCCAUGCUCUCUUGGAAACUGUGUGGGCUAGUGGCUAGAGGGGGGGGCUGGGCAUCAGGACCCCUGGCUUCUGUGGCGGGCUCCGGGAGGGGAGUCUGGGCUAGCGUUCAGAGCGGGGGAGGGGGGAGUCAGGACGCCUGGGUUCUUUUCGUGGCUCUGUGAGGGUGGCAAAGCAACGCUCACGCGUCUUAGUGUCCUGCCCAGCCAGGGUAAGCGCCUGGCUUCCUUGCCAGCCGGUUCUAGGCUGACGUGUGCUGGCCCAUGCGGGCAGCGCCAGGGCGGGGGUUGGGACUCUCUCCUCGCAGCGAGGCCAGUCAGCAGCCGGGGGCAGGACACGCGAACUGGGGCAAGUCGUUCCACUGAACUCGGGGGGCGGGGGCUACUCCCCCGCUGUGGCUCAUGCAGGGAGGCGAGUGGGGGGACGUGUAUCUUGGUAACAGGUUAAUUCUGCACUGCUGGGCCCCGACACUCUAACCCCCUAACCUUGCCCCCCCCCCGGCCCCGCUUAAGAGUUUUAUUUUUCUAUUUAUAAAGGGUAAUAUAAUUUUAUACGCUGUUUGUCUCUGACUGCGGGCUGCGGGCUGUGGGGUGGCGGGGGAGGGGUUAAAGUGGUUUUAAGUGUUUG